GGCGCCUCGGCCAAUGGGUGCAUCAUGCGUAAGCAAGAGGGGAAAGGUCGGGGCAGGUAUGGAGAUGGCGGCGCUAACGGAGGUUGCCGGGCGAAUAAAGCCGUGCUCGUGAGGAGAAGGCAGGCGAGAUGUUGUGAGCUUCGCGCUGUGGCUGAGCCUGCCUCGCGCCUUCUUCAGCUGCCGGUUCCCUCGCGCCCUCCUCUUCAAUGAGCGUCGCGUACGAGUUGCUGUGGCGCCUGCUGCACGCCUUCCUUUACGUCCAGCGCGCGCUCUUCGCCUGGUUCCGAGGGUGGUUCGGGGGACGCGGCUCGUGGCUCAGCCGUUGGCGGUGGCACGCGGCUUCGGCCGCGGCCGCCGCCGCUUCGCGGGCGCUUCUGGCGCCGGCGGCAGCCACGGGGGCAUUCGCCUUCCACAAGCCGACUGCAGUGGGGCGGAAGGUGGCCGGCGCCCGGUGGCGGAAGGACGGGAAGUCUCUGCAGAAGCUGCCGGGCCAUGUGGGGCUGCUGGUGACCGAGGAGGAGCUGAGCUACGCGGACAUGGCCAGCCUGGUGGUGUGGUGCAUGGCGGUGGGCAUCUCCUACGUCAGCGUCUACGACCACGACGGUAUCUUUAAGAGAAAUAAUUCAAGGUUAAUGGAUGAAAUCCUAAAACAGCAACAGGAAUUGUUAAAUCUUGACUGUUCCAAAUAUUCAGUAAAAUUUGCAAAUCAAGAAAAAACAGAUCAAGUUUUAAAUUGCCAAUCUACACUGAAUGUUCUGUCUCCAGAGGAUGGGAAGACCGAUAUAGUAAAAGCAGCUCAGAAAUUUUGCCACUUAGUAGCACAACAGCAAAAAAAAUGCACAGAUCUUGAUGUGAACGUAUUGGACAACUUAUUAACUAGUACUAAUGGCUUUCCUGACCCUGACUUAAUAUUGAAGUUUGGUCCUGUGGACAGUAUAUUAGGAUUUCUUCCCUGGCACAUCAGAUUGACAGAGAUUGUUUCUUUGCCUUCACAUGUGAACAUCAGCUAUGAAGAGUUCUUCUCUGCCCUAUGUCACUAUGCAUCCUGUGAACAGCGCUUGGGAAAAUGACUUCUUGCUGAACAUUAUCAGGCUUUUCACGGAAAGGACCCAGUGUCUCUGUUUACAAGUACCUGUGAUGCAUACAAGCCUAGUACAUAGUCUCUUAAUUUAUCAAAUUCAAUAAAGUGUCUUACCUUUUUAGAACUUGUAUGCGUGUGUACUCAUAGUCUGUGGAGGUGUGGGAAAGCAAGGGUUUACUGCUGUGGCAUAAUGGCAUAGCAUAAAUGUUAUAAAACAGCUGCUCAAAUGCUUCAGGCCCCCUCUUCCUUCCAGUGACCAAAUCUUUCAUACAAGGAAUACUUAUUUCAAGUUAUGAGGGAACCAUUCAGAAGUAGCACUACAAUCAAUGGGAUAACAUUGGAUCUUAUAAAAACCUGCACAGAACUUUCUGCCAUCACAUCUUUGCCAUCUCCGUCCUAAUGGGACUUCCACAAUUGAAUAUCUAGGAGUAUCCUGGCUUAGUUAUCCUCAAAUAUUUCAGGAAAUGGCAUGUCAGUUUUGCUAAUGGCAGUUAAAAUGGAGUUGAUGUUGCAGUUGGGAAAACAUAAGCAUAGAACACCCAGUUGGGCAGCAUCUGGAAUGUUGGAGUGCUUUUUAUAUUGUAGGUUAAAUGCAUUAUGAAAUAAGCAUUUGAACAACUAAUGACUGCAAAACUUAUAGCUAUGGUCUUCCCUUGCUCUCCUCAAGAGAUGGGGGCCUUCUCACACUUGGUGACUCAUAUUAAAAACUUAUUUUGAAGAUGGAUGUUGGAUUGGAUCAUUGUAUGUAAGGGAAUCCUAUAAGCGGAGUCUUCUCAAAUGCAGUAAGAUAUUUCUGUAUUUCAGUGAUUGUUUUAAAGUGGCAUAUUAUCAAACAGCUUAUAUUUGCCUUUUAAAAAAUGGUUUGCUUCAGUGGUUAAUAAUCAAUGGUUUUGAUUAUUAUACUCAAGUCCACAGUGCUAUCUUGAUUUAAACAAUUUGGUUCAAUUUGUAAAUCUAUAUUUUGGGGAAACAGUGAGAUUAUGCUCAGUUUGUGUUUGACUGCAUAUAACAAAGGGAAGGGAAGUACUUCGUAUGCACUGAUGACUUCUUCCAAUUCUUAGAACAAACUGUGAUGUGACUAUCUGCAUAGUUACAAUUAUUGUAUGACAGUGUAAUAAUACAAUCUAAUUACAUAAUAAUACACUGAAAAAUAAAAUCCUUGGACUGAAUUUUGUCACAAUUUCCUGCAGCUCCUCUUAGGUCAGGGAUUCUCAACGUUGGGUCCCCAGAUGUUAUUGGACUUCAACUCCCAUGAUUCCCAACCAAAGGUCACUGGGGCUGGGGAUUAUGGGAGUUGAAGUCCAAUAACAUCUGGGGACCCAACAUUGAGAAUCUCUGUCUUAGGUGCUGUUUGAUGUAUUUAUGGUGUACUUCAAACUUGUAUUCUAAUCUUAUGUCCCUAGACUUUUUGAUUGGCAAGUUUUCUAUUCAGUUUUUUCUCUUCAGAAUUAUAUUUUCUUAAGGAUGGUUAAUCCAGUUGUAAGUGUACAAAGGAUACAAAGUUAUAUAUUGCAAAUGGCUUUUUAUAAAUGCCACAAAUUAGUGGAGUGAAAUAUUGCAGAUUAUACAACUAAACAGUAUUUUUCCUUUUUAAAUAUAAAUCUUGUAAUGAGUUCAAAAAGCCUGUAACAAGAAUGUGAAAAACUAAUGUCAUGUUACUUGUCAUGAUGCUUUCUGCUGUGAUCCAAUGACCUAAAAGGGCAUUGGAAUGAUACUUGUAUUAAUUGGAGUGCUAGAAGAUUUCAGUACUUGUGGGUCAUCCAAUUUCUGAUAUGAACAUUAUGAACAUGUGCAGUAGAUUUCAGGAAUACAGAAGUUCCCACAGUCAUCUGGAAAUCUCUUCUUUGUUAGAGGGAAAACAUUGGAAUUCUAUCCUGAAAUUUGUGUAGUGCUCUGCAUCCCCCCCUCUGCAAGUGGAACAUGUGGAGAGGAAACUAUUCUACGAAUUUUAGAACUAUGAGCUCCCAAAGCAAUUCUGAUAAUGCACAUUAAGGAUUAAGGAUUCUGUCCCAUUUUCCACUCAUCAAUUAUUUCCCCUUCAUGUACCAGACUACUUCAGUUUGCCAAAGAAUAUUAAUAGCACCCACGCUGCAUUUGGUUCUCCCUCUUGACAUACCUUGACAUAAACCUACAUUCUGUACUGGGGCCAGAACUUAAAAUGGAGUUAGCUGUGCCAAAGCCACUGUGCAUAUCCACAACCUACUCUUUGAAUGUAUGUCAUGGCAGUAAGCUUCCCCCUCCCUGUCUUGUCUUGUGAGAAGGUGUAGUCUACAGCAGUGACAUUCUGUAUAUCUUUGGAUACUGUAAAUAAUAUGUAAAGCAAGUUUUUAUGAUGAAGAAAUUGAUUUGGAUUUCAUUACUGAGAGUAAAAUCUGAACCUGUAAAACAAAUAAAUAUCUUUCUACAGGCAA